GUUCGAAUUUUCCCGACCAUGGUUGGCGAUGUUAAUUGUUCCAACGGUGGUCAGUCGAAAAGGAGAAAGGUAUGGAAUGAUUUAAAUGUUUUACGGAUUAUAUUUUCUAUAUGUUCCAGUCUUUGUUUCGUCGAAUAGCGGAUUCUUUAUCUGCCUUUGUUCCAUCGAAUAUUUUUCCCUCCGUUGGCUCCGAAUCUUCACCUUGUGACGGUGAUGCCUCAACAUUUAGCUCUUGUAAAUACGAGCACAACCGGCCUAUCAUACUGUUGGAAGAGAGAGAAACGCAGACGUCCAGCGCCCUGAACGCACGUGACACAUUGGACGUUGAUCUCGAUGCGCUGGACAACUCAGACUGUGAAGUCAGUGCUCAUUCAUCGACCAGCGGUGUUUCAUCACUGCUGCCACGGAAUUGUAACUUUAAAACAUGGAGUCCGCUCCACGAAGCAUUCGAUAAUCACCCAGGAGAUGGCGCGGGCACCUCUCGCUUUAAGAAGCAAGGCACCUUUUCGGAUAUCACGAACUCAAUUACUUCGGAUUCAACUUUCAAAUCUUCAUCUGUUACUCCAUGGAUAAUGUCGUUGAAAACUAAACCGCAGGAGUCGAUGGUGUCUUCACGCCCUGUAAAAAAGCAACGACUCUCCAGCGCACUUUCUAGCUGCAGCUCCGUAUCGGAAUUAGAAAAGAGAUCUGUCUUUUAUCAAGGAAAAACAACUUACGGUGGAGCAUCUAGCUGUCGCCUUCCACUUCAGUCUGGGCGCACGAUUCCACUGCGAUUUGAACUAGAACCAUCCACGGGCAGCGGUGCUGCAGCAUUGAGUGGCCCAAACCUGAGCUCUACGGCUCGGCGCAUCCUCGAAAGUCUGGAGCGCUUUUCAACUCCCCUAACUAUGGCUGAUCGCAUACCUUUCCCAGGGCACGCGGAUACUCUACAACAGACUACAACUACUCCGAUGAGAACUCAGAAGCUGCAUCGGUUUCCUCCCUAUUUAGAAGCGUACCGGCGUUUAAAGUAUGCACAACGGAAGGCCAUGGGUGUCAGCACUGCCUCGUCCGUUCAGUCGGGAUCACUUAUUGAACCCAGUGUUAAUACUGCCUCUUCUGGGACGGCAGUUUCAGUACUUACCGGUACAAAUACAUCUAUAGAACUUGCUGGCAUAUCAAGUGCAACUUCUUCUGGCUUAAGGUUUCAUAAUUCAUCACCUCCAUCGCGCAUCUCAAAUAACCGGGAUCAUGCAGCCCCAUCUACGUCAACCGAUCUUCUAGAAUCGUCGAAGACAACUUGCAGUACAGCCUCAUCAACGACCUUCACUUUUGCACCUCCUAUCCGAAAGUCAAAUUCCUUGGUUACUCAUUUGGCCUUUCUUUCCCCAUCAGAACUCCCAUCGGCCUACACUUUCAGCACUCCCCAGCAACCCCGAGGAUCAUGUGCACUCCUCGGUGAUCGUUUUCAACUUCCUCACUCAGAGACGCGGCGAGAGACCUCCGUAUCGAAAUCCAUUUCAUCGCCUGUUUUUGAUUUGAUAAUGGAUUCUUCCAGGUCCAGCGAUAUUCCACUUGGAGGCGUUUCCAACGCUACAGAAUCAAAAAGGUUGAUCCACUUGUCAAACAUUUGGAGAUGUGCUACUUGCCUACUUGAAAAUUCUGAGGUUGUGGACGCUUGCACGGCUUGCUCCACUCCUCGGCUAGUGCGGGACCAGCAAGACAUCCGUUCUGAUCAAUCUUCGCGUCGUCCUCUUUCGCCUGGAAAUUUUCAGUCAAUACUUGAUCAUCCUGCCUCCACCACUGUCAAUGGGAACGGCGUCUCAGAGUUCGCUGCACGGCAUGCGCAGGUCUUCAAUCUUAAUGAUGACAUCAGGAACAGCAGUGCCAAGUGGGAAUGUCCAACCUGUAUGGUCUUCAAUGAUUAUGCUAAAUCUUCUUGUGUGUGUUGCCAAACAUCAAAACCCGCUAGUGGUCCACCAGAUCUCACAUCCUCUGCUAGCACUACAAAAGCCUCGUUGGAUCCGGUUUUGAGAAACUCUAACCCCUGCACCACAACCGCCACAGUGUGUUCAAGCUUCCCGGUGACUGCCACCACCGUUGGUUUGUUCCGCUUUGGGUUUAGUAGUGGAACUGCUAACCCUCCGUGUCAACCAAGCUCACUCAUUUCACAACCUUCGAUCCUCAAUCACAAGCCUACCCCACCGUGUGACAGCGCGAACAAUUUGAGCAAGUGGGAGUGUCCAACGUGCAUGGUCUUCAAUGAUGGCGAUAAAUCCUCCUGCGUCUGUUGCCGAACCCUUAAACCUGUCGAUAAAUUGGCCGCACCGAUAUCUCAGACGGACGCAUCCAAGAUUUUAUCAACUUCUGUGUUGACUAGCUUUGCUUCACCGACUACUACGGUUACCCAAAGUCUUCCAUCCGUGAUCCCUUCCAGUGGAUUGUUCCGCUUUGGACUGAGUAGUAGCGGUGGGACUGCGAGCUCACCGUUCCAGCCGAAUGUGAGCGUUUCUCAGCCGGCGUUUUUCUUCGGUCAGAAUUCGACUCCAUCGUGCGGCGGUGCGAAGAAUUCGAGUAAAUGGGAGUGUCCGACUUGCAUGGUUUUCAACGAUUGCGAUAAGUUCUCCUGCGUAUGCUGUCAAACUCCUAAGCCUGUUGUUAACCAGGCCGGAUCAACAUCACAAGCGGAUGUAUCGAGAAGUUUACCGGACACGGUGUUUAAAAACGUUGAUUCGUCGACCACCACUAUAGCCCAAAGUCUUCCAUCCGCGAUCCCUUCCAGUGGCUUGUUUCGCUUUGGACUGAGUAGCAGCGGUGGAACUGCGAACUCACUGUUCCAGCCGAAUGCCAGUGUUUCCCAGCCGGCGGUUGUCUUGGCUCAGAAUUCGAUUCUCUCGUGUGGCAGCACAAACAAUUCGAACAAAUGGGAGUGUCCGACGUGCAUGGUUUUCAAUGAUUGCGAUAAAUCCUUCUGCGUAUGCUGUCAAACGCCCAAGCCUAUUGCUAACCAGAUCGGAUCAACAUCACAAGCAGAUACGUCGAAAAGUCUGCCGAACCCUGGGUUUAAGAGGUGAGCCGAAAAUUUCACAUAUGUAUCCGUCGCAUUUCUGUCUGCACAAUUAGCAAGUGAUUUGUGGUUUUCUUUUACUAUUGAUUUGUGCUGUGUUUAGUGCAUGAAGAGUAGGCGCAACAUUUAAUGGGCUAGUUGCUUAUCGAUUGUUUUACUGUCACUGUGAAACAACUGUUCACACGGUGCGUCUGUUGAGAGUGUGCGGUGCCUCGGUCACCAUUCGAUUUGCUCUUCCAUGCCGCAGUCUUCAGUCUCACUGUUGCCUCUAGUUCUUCAUCUGUGAAAACCCGUCGUUUCAUUGUGUCGCUUCACGGCAUGGAUUUCUUCUGUCCGUCUUUGUUCAUUUUUUUCCUUGAUCACCUCAUGUCCUUAUUCUUCUGUGAGUUUUGCGUUUCCGUCUACCUUAGAGCACCAUUAUGCAGUGCCACUGUUAACGAGAUGGUGAUCCUGUGAUAUUCCCCGGUACUUUGCGCCACUUCUCUUAUUUGUUCUAUUAUAUUUGCAAAAGUUCACCUUAAAUUUGCUUUUGCCACCUCUUUUCAUGUGUAUGUAUGCUUUGUCUUUGUCCACUUGUCCUACAACUGAGUUUCACACGGGUAGAGUGCCUUCCUUGUUGGCGCUUCUCAGAUCGUGUCGCCAAUUUGUUACCCCAACUCAGUAGCGUCUCGAUCGCGCAAUUCUACAUGGCUAAAUGGAAUCAAUCCACCAGCUUUCCCACCCUGGACAAACCUUGGUAAUCAAAAUCAGUUACGUGACCGUUAAUAAACAGGUGAAAGCAGUGCUCGUUUGUUGACAGCGCAUGACUUAGUGGAGCAAGGCAUUGGUUAAGAAAUGGGUCUGUGCAAUGGGAGGUCUGCAGAGACGCCGUCGUGCACCUCACCGGGACAUGUGACGAACCACAUCAACCGCGCCACUGGUAAUAAUGGUCACAUGAUGUUCCGUGCAUUCAUGCACGGAAACUGCGAAUGACGACCAAACCCACUCCACAGAUAGCUUGUCAAUAAACUUUUCUUUGGUCGGACUUAGGUGUAGAAAUAUCCCACGAUAUUCAUGAUCACAGUGAACAUUGCGCAAACCAAAUUUUUAACACUCGGACAAUUAUAUGCUCAUUACGUCUCGCUCGAACGCUUCUUCUUUUCCCCUAUAUGUUGCAUUUGCCAAUGUUUUUGUAUGUUCGUCGUGAGAUGUUGCACCGAAUUCACCCUAGUUGGAACCCGUUUUCACGCAUUUGGCAUGUACACUCGUAAGACGACACCGAUAGUCGUGUAGUCAGAUAUGCUUCUCUAGAUUAUGGUUGUCCAGAUUCAGAAUAAGGCACGUACGCGGUCUUCUGUUCUAUCGCACUCGUUUUCUCUCAUUGCGGUUGCUCCACUCAGGUCAGUUUGUUCUGCUUCCUUGUUUGCCAGUUACUGCAGUCUUUCGACACAUGGUCUACUUUUAUGGAAGCGCGUGUUUUGCGACUUAGCAACUCAUGUCUUCCUGUUGAUUUAUCGCGCGACAGAGAACUGUCAAGCUCUCCCUAUUUAUACUCAAACGUUUAGCAUUUUUAGGCAGACAGUUCUCGAAAAUGGACAAAUUUAGCCAACGCAUAUUAAUGGCUCUUGUGACGUCCGUGCUUGUUCUCACAUUUGGGACUGUGACAUCGCUUUGUCCUGAGUACCACGGGUAAUUUAUACACACUGGUGUUGUGUGAUCCCGGCGUUAAACCUCCCUUGUGUUCUUGAAUGUCUAUGAAUUGUUAUACUCCUGAAGUGGCAUGGUCCAGGUGUAUUUUGUGCACAUGUGUACUACUGCGUCUUAGUAAAUAUCUGCCCCAUAGUCACUACUAAAAACCGCAUAAUUGUUUUGUUUUUAUGGAUUAUUUUUGCAACGACGUACUAACAUUUUUGUACAUUAACACUUGGUCUAGAUGCGUUUUUAUUACCUUAAUUACUUUUGCGUUUUCAACCAAAUAACCCCAGCUCGUUACCCGGAAUCUACACUGAGCCGACACCUGUAGUCUCUAAAAUGUUCUUUUUCGUGUUCACUGUUUGCUUUAAGCUGUAAGCGACUGCCCUAAGUUUGCACACUCCUAAAGGCCAGCUUUCCUUGGCGUAAGUUGACCCUUCUGAAUGCCGUAUUAUGGGAACAAGUAAAGUUUAGUUCUGCACAAAUUCAUCAAAAUAUGAUCAAAAACGUUGAAAAAUAUAUUUAUAGUUGUUUUUCAGCUCCCUGCAUGAUUUCAUCAAAAAGUGUGUGACUAGCAGUAAAUUGGGACUCACAUGUGGGAUGUAAUCGUUCUCGAAAUUUAACUAGAAAUGUGCACGUUGCAUUGAGUUAGUGUCUACUGUGUGCACCGUCAGCUUGUUCCAAGCAGUGACCACCCUCUGUUCGAAGCACGGCGAGUGUGAAACUCAUUCACAUCCGGGAUCACAACCCUCUGCUAAUGUUUGCGUGUACUGCAAUGGCCUCAGGGAAGCCCCAUGGCGGUAUAGAGCACGGGAGGUCAUUAUGAAGUCGACUCACGGCCGAUGGUAGUACAAAACGCGCGAUCCGGGUUUCUCGCACUGAUUUUCUCCCAGUCACAUAUCGCGGGUUGUCAUGGAAGCAAUUCAUGAAGAAGGAAUUAGAUUACUUGAAGAUCUACCAUAGUUACUUUCAUUUGUUUUCCAGUCUCAUGGGACACAUUGCUAGCAAAAAUUGAGUACUACUGAGUGGUGGGGAUUUGAUAUGAUUAAUGAUAGUUCAUUACGGUCCACUCUCACUCAACAAGCUUUGACUAGUCUGUAAUUCCGACGUCAUUGCAGUCGUACAGGUGUGACUACAAGAACGACAUUCGAACUUCCACCUCAAGGGUAUUAUGCCACUGAAACACCAAUGAGCAAUUUAUUGAGGUUAAGGGAUCUUAUGUUGAAAAUCAAUUAAAUUAGCAUUUUUAUGCUAAUUACAUUUUAGGUUUUCAUCGAUGGACUUUUAGAGCACCCCUCGUAUGUGAUCUCGGCAUUUAGUACACAAAGCUUUUACAGAUUUGUAUUCCACUUUCCUAAAAAUCGAAAUUCCUUGAUGUUUAAUCCAGUACAUGAGAUGCAGACAUUUAGAUAACAUCGGUGCGAACAGCUACCCGAUGUCUAGCAUUUUUGAAACCAGCUACCGUAGCGAGGUUACUUAAGCACUUUCAGUAGUCUAAAACCAAGGCGAUGACAGAGGGUGCAAUGGAGGAUGAUAGUCGGAUCUCUAAAAUAGCGCGGUCCUGCCGUUUGAAUAUUCAGACUAGCGAAUAAAGCGGAAGUAAGCCAGGAUUUUUGCGUAAAAUUUCAGCGCGUUGAAAAUUCCGACAAAGCAAAUUACCGAAGCUAUUGAUUAUCAUUCAUUUUGCUUUCCAUUCAAACUCAAACCCAUUUGACUCCGUAGACGUCUGCAGUAUUCAUGCGUCCUCUCUCAGUUUCAGUUCUAGUGUCACUCCGGUACAAAGCCUCCCACCACUGACUCCUGCGAGCAACAUAUUUUCGUUUGGGUUGAGCAACGCGACUGGAAACUCUCCUUUACAACCCAACCCGGGCGCUUUACAACCAUCGAUUUUUGGUCAGAAUGGUCCUUCCACAGGCGAUAACGUGUUCUCAAUCACAUCUUCUAACACCGUUCCACGAAAGAAAGCUCACGCUGUCCGACGACUCCAACGAUGACGCUGCCCAUUUUUAUUCGUCAUAUUCACUUUACAUGGACAGUGUUUUAUUUUGGGGAUUUCCCCCUUCCGAAUCAAUAAUUGGGCAAUAUUGCUUCUGGAAUUCAACAAAGUUCGCACGGCUGAUGUAAAUAACGAAUGCUUACCUGGGCUAUUUUUUGCACUCAACUUAUGUACAAAAGCUUGAUCUGUCUUUUUAAGAUGAAGUUCCGUGUCAACUUUGUCCAUUUCCAGACACAACAUGGGCACUCUGCCCUACUGAAUGAGAACACUCGGCAGCCAUUAUUCUGCCCAUGUAUAAUGAUCCCUGCCCUUUUUACACUGUGACAAAUUUCCAAAAGACUCCAUCCUAUGUGUAAGGAUUUCGUCCAGUUUCUUGUGUUCAUUCUCUUUUCUGUCCCAUCAUCGGUCGGUCUGCUGUUGCACGUGUCUGAAUUUUGUUCAUAUUUACGCUUUUCUUACUUGU